UACAAUAUUCCACCAAACACCCCCCCACCCCCCAAAAAAAAAAAAAAAACCAACCAUGACCCCAAAUUUGAUACAUCUUUCCUUCAUCCUCCGGCCACUACUAAUACUAUUUCUAGCGGCCGCCGGACCCAGCUGCCGGAUGCUGAUCAACGCGGCCGGCGGCAGUUGGGAAGUCCUAAAAUCCGACAUAGGCAUCUCAGCCAUGCACAUGCAGCUCAUGAUCAACGACCGGGUCGUAAUGUUCGACCGGACCGACUUCGGAAAAUCCAAAAUCGACCUACCCAACGGCAAAUGCAGGGAAGACCCGGAAGAAUUGGCGGUCAAAAAAGACUGCACUGCACACUCGGUCGAAUACGACGUCGUUAAGAACACGGUUCGCCCGCUCAUGGUCCUCACCGACGUGUGGUGCUCCUCCGGCUCUCUCUCCCCCGACGGCCGGUUGAUUCAGACCGGCGGGUUCAACGACGGCGAUGACGUGGUUCGGGUUUUCCGGCCGUGCUCGGGUUGUGACUGGGAGGAAGUUGGGUCCGCGUUGGCCCGGAGACGGUGGUACGCCACCAAUCAUUUGUUGCCUGACGGCCGUCAAAUCAUUAUUGGCGGCCGUGCACAAUUUAAUUACGAGUUUUACCCGAAGACCGGGUCGGGUACGAAAGCUUAUAACUUACCGUUUCUGGUGGAGACCAAUGACAAGGGCAUAGAAAACAAUUUGUACCCGUUUGUGUUCCUAAAUGUUGAUGGGCAUUUGUUUAUUUUCGCGAAUAAUCGAGCGAUAUUGUUUGAUUAUUCGAAGGGUACCGUUGUAAAAACAUACCCGGAAAUGCCCGAUGGGAACCCGCGGAGUUACCCGAGUACUGGAUCCGCAGUUUUGCUACCACUAAAGAAAUUGCAAGGGGCCAUAGUGGAAGCUGAGGUUUUGGUGUGUGGCGGUGCACCGAAAGGAUCGUACACUAGCGCACAAAGUGGGCGUUUUGUUGGAGCCUUGAGGACGUGUGGGCGGAUUAAAAUUACCGAUCCAUCGCCCGAAUGGGUUAUGGAAACCAUGCCCCGGGCUCGGGUCAUGGGUGACAUGCUUUUGCUUCCAAACGGUGAUGUUUUGAUCAUCAACGGUGCGUCUGCUGGCUCUGCUGGGUGGGAAUAUGGUAGAAAUCCCGUUUUCAACCCGGUUCUUUAUCGACCCGAUAAUCAAGUCGGGUCUCGAUUUGAGGUAGAGAACCCAAGUAGCAUACCUCGCAUGUACCAUUCCACUGCUAUCUUAUUGCGUGAUGGUCGGGUUCUAGUUGGUGGUAGCAACCCUCAUCAACUUUAUGAAUUUACCGGAGUGCUUUUCCCGACCGAAUUAAGUUUGGAGGCCUUCUCACCAUCCUAUUUGGAUCCAGGAUUCGCCAAUUUACGUCCUACAAUUAUCUCGCCCAUCUCUCAAGCCAAACUCGGGUAUGGCCAGCGGGUAGCGGUUCGCUUUACGGUCACGGGGACAUUAAAUGGAAAUUCGGUCACCGUAACAAUGGUUGCACCAUCAUUCAACACACACUCAUUCUCCAUGAACCAAAGAUUGUUGGUGCUUGGAGGAGGGAGUGUAAAAGCCCUAGGCAAAUCAACUUAUGAAGUUGGGGUGGUGACUCCGGGUUCGGGUAAUCUUGCACCAUCUGGGUACUAUUUGCUCUUUGUGGUCCAUCAAGAAAUACCAAGUGAGGGCAUUUGGGUCCAUAUUCAAUGAUUUCUCUUAUUUAAAUAUAUAUAAAAAAAAAAGGUGUCAAGUACUUAAUAGUAUAUUUUAUUUGAGUUUUAUUAGAUUAAAUAAAACAUACAAGUAUGUAGAGAAGGCCGUUUUAGCUUUUUCAGAGAUUGUUUUCUCUUUUCUUCUACGGAUUGGUAUGUCAUCAAAAUUGUAAGUAAUUAAUUAUACAUGAUUGAUUGAAUAAAGCUGCAUGUAUGGUGUUUGUUGUUAGUACAA